GCUUUCAACUGAUUCACUGGUGAUCAUUAGAGGUAUUUGAUCAUCAGAGGUAUUUGAGGGCCUGCCAGAGCGCCAGAAGAUGGCGGGUCGGGUGCUGGUUGCGGUGAAGCGCGUUUUGGACUACCAGGCACGAGUGAGAGUCAAGCCUGACAAGUCAGGGGUGGAUCUCACCAAUGUCAAGAUGUCGAUGAACCCAUUCUGCGAGAUUGCGGUGGAGGAGGCCACCCGGCUCAAGGAGGCCAAGCUGGCUGAGGAGGUGGUGGUGGUGAGCAUCGGGCCCAAGCAGGCGGCAGAGACGCUCCGCACAGCCAUGGCCAUGGGAGCAGACCGAGCGGUGCACGUGCAGACGGAUGAGGAGGUGCAGCCGCUGGCGGUUGCCAAGCUGCUGGCGGCGGUGGCGCGGCAAGAGCAGCCGGGGCUGGUGCUGCUAGGCAAGCAGGCCAUUGACGACGAUAGCAACCAGACGGGGCAGAUGCUGUCUGCGCUGCUGGGCUGGCCGCAAGCAACCUUUGCCUCCAAGCUGGUGCUGGAUGCGUCGGCGGGCAAGGCGACGGUGACGCGGGAGGUGGAUGGCGGCCUGGAGACGCUGCGGGUGUCGCUGCCGGCGGUGGUGACCGCCGACCUGCGGCUGAACGAGCCGCGCUACGCCACGCUGCCCAACAUCAUGAAGGCCAAGAAGAAGCCGCUGGCAACCACCUCGCCGCAGGAGCUGGGCGUGGAUGUGUCGCCGCGGCUGCAGACGCUGCGGGUGGAGGAGCCCGCCAAGCGCAAGGGCGGGGUGAUCCUGGGGUCGGCGGCGGAGCUGGUGGACAAGCUGCGGAACGAGGCAAAGGUCAUCUGA